AUGCCGAUCAACCAACCCUCCAACCAGAUUAAAUUCACGAAUGUGUCGAUAGUCCGACUGAAGAAAGGCAAGAAGCGAUUUGAACUCGCCUGCUACAAAAACAAGUUGCUGGAAUACCGAUCUGGCGCCGAAAAAGAUCUCGAUAACGUCCUCCAAGUUCCUACAGUCUUCCUCUCCGUAUCAAAAGCGCAAACCGCACCUUCUGCAGAACUCACCAAGGCAUUCGGUGCCGAUACCCCCCGCGAAGAAAUCCUACAGGAGAUUUUGCGCAAGGGCGAGGUGCAAGUCGGCGAACGCGAGCGCAAAGAUGCCCUUGAACGAGUGGAGAAGGAAGUGCUGGAUAUCGUGUCCGGGCGACUAGUCGACCCGAAUACCAAGCGUGUGUACACGUCGGGUAUGAUCUCCAAAGCACUGGACCAGCUGUUAUCAGCCAGUGGUCAACAACAGAGUGGAGAGGCAAAUGGCGCCGGAGAGGAGCAGCCUAAGAAGCCCAUGUGGACCGGAGUCUCUUCCAAUAGAUCUGCCAAGAGUCAAGCACUCGACGCAAUGAAGGCGCUCAUCGCGUGGCAACCCAUUCCCGUGAUGCGAGCGCGGAUGCGCCUUCGUGUAACCUGCCCGGUUUCGCUCCUGAAGCAGUCCGUCAAGGCUGCUCCAAGUGCUGCGCCUGCCAAGGAAGAAAAGGCACCGGCCAAAGGCAACAAGAAGGGUGGCAAGGGGAACAAAAAGUCGAAGCGAGAUGACUCCGACGAUGAGGCUGGCGAGGACGGUGCCGAGGCGGCACCCAAGGCCGCUGGCACCGUCAAGGAUAAGAUUCUCAACUACAUUGAAGCUGUUGAAUCGCAAGAAGUGAGUGGCGACGAGUGGGAGGUGGUAGGAUUUGCCGAGCCGGGAGCGUUCAAGGGACUGAACGAUUUCAUCGGCAACGAGACUCGUGGGCGAGGACGAGUGGAGGUGUUGGACAUGUCGGUGACCCACGAGGAUUAA